GCUGGCGGGGCGGCCGGGCGGGCGACGUGGGGGCCAUGGAGCACCGCAUCGUGGGGCCCGGGCCUUACCGCGCUACCAGGCUGUGGAAUGAAACUGUGGAGCUUUUUCGUGCCAGGAUGCCGUUGCGGAAGCAUCGCUGUCGGUUCAAGAGCUACGAGCAUUGCUUCACAGCGGCUGAAGCUGUGGACUGGCUGCAUGAGCUGCUGAGGUGCAGUCAGAACUUUGGCCCAGAAGUGACUCGCAAACAGACUGUCCAACUGCUGAAAAAAUUCCUCAAGAAUCACGUUAUUGAAGAUGUCAAGGGGAAGUGGGGUCAGGAAGACUUUGAAGACAACCGUCACUUAUACAGAUUUCCUCCUUCCUCACCUCUGAAACCAUAUCCCAAAAAGCCCCCAUACCAAAAGGAUGUUAUUAAAUUUCCAGAAUGGAAUGACCCCCCACCAGGCACUUCACAGGAGAACAUCCCAGUGAGGCCCAUUGUGAUGAAUUCUGAGAUGUGGUUCAAACGUCACAGCAUUGCCAUCGGAGAGGUGCCUGCCUGCCGUCUGGUCUACCGCAGACAGCUGACUGAGGCCAACGUGGAAGAGAUAUGGAAGUCUAUGACAUUAUCAUAUUUACAGAAAAUCCUUGGCUUAGAUUCCUUAGAAGAAAUUUUAGACAUCAAACUUGUCAACUCGAAGUUCAUCAUCCAUAAUGUAUAUAGCGUUAGCAAGCAGGGAGUUGUUAUCCUUGAUGACAAGUCAAGAGAACUUCCUCAUUGGGUACUGUCAGCCAUGAAGUGUUUGGCCAAUUGGCCCAACUGUUCAGAUUUGAAGCAGCCUAUGUACUUGGGCUUUGAAAAAGAUGUAUUCAAAACAAUAGCAGAUUAUUAUGGUCACUUGAAAGAACCAUUGCUUACUUUUCACCUUUUUGAUGCCUUUGUCAGUGUAUUAGGUUUGUUACAGAAAGAGAAGAUGGCGGUUGAAGCCUUUCAGAUUUGUUGUCUCCUCCUGCCCCCGGAGAACAGGAGAAAGUUACAGCUGCUCAUGAGGAUGAUGGCAAGGAUCUGCCUAAACAAAGAGAUGCCACCACUGUGUGAUGGCUUUGGCACCCGGACACUGAUGGUUCAGACAUUUUCCCGGUGCAUCUUGUGUUCUAAGGAUGAAGUAGACUUGGAUGAGUUAUUAGCUGCUAGGUUGGUGACAUUUCUGAUGGACAAUUACCAGGAGAUUCUGAAAGUCCCUUUGGCUUUGCAGACGUCCAUAGAGGAGCGUAUGGCUCAUCUACGAAGAGUCCAGAUAAAAUACCCAGGAGCCGAUAUGGAUAUCACGUUAUCUGCUCCUUCAUUUUGCCGUCAAAUCAGUCCUGAAGAAUUUGAAUAUCAGAGAGCAUAUGGCUCUCAGGAGCCGCUGGCUGCCUUGCUGGAGGAAGUCAUAGCUGAUGCCAAGCUCUCCAGAAAAGAGAAGAAGAAGAAGCUGAAACAGGUGAGAAGACGUUGCAAGCCAUGUUUCCUCCUCCCCAACCAAAAGCCUACAAAUGCUCCUGGAAGAUUGUCAGCUAGAAAAAGCAUAUCCUACGCAAAUGAUACCUUUGGAUUGCUGAUAACAAUAUACAACAUGCAAUCAAUCAAGCAAACAAGCCCAGAAAGCAUCCUGCUGAUUACUGGGAUGCUAACUGAUCUUACUGGAAGUGGAGAGGACAGUGGAAGGCACCCUAUGCCAGCAGCCAUGGUCAUGCUGACAGAGCUCCUGCCUUCACAGAAACUCAAGUGA